AUGCAAGCGAUCAAUAAAUCGAUCAAACGCAUCAAACUACUCGUUCCAAAUCGAUUAAACAUGCUUCGCAAGAUUAUCUUCUAUCUGCUGGUGCGAACCCUUUGCUGUGAUGCCUUGCCCAAAUUACCGUCUUUCAUCAAAGUUUGCCACCAAUCCGACGCGAAUUUGCCCACGUGCAUCAAGAAAUCGGUGGAGGAGCUGCGCCCCUUGCUGGUGAAAGGCAUCCCGGACUUGGACAUUCCCAGCGUGGAGCCGCUGAACAUCUCCGAGGUGGUGAUCGAUCAGGGAUCGGGAUCGGUGUCCCUUCGCUCGGUGUACAAGAACAUCCAGGUGCACGGCCCCUCGAAAUUCGUCAUCAAAGACAUCAAAGUCGAUUUGGAGAAGGAUAAGAUGAGGAUUAAAUUGUGGCUGCCCGAGUUGGAGGUUACUUGUAAUUACAGCAUCGAUGGGAAGAUACUGAUGAUGCCGAUUUCGGGGGCUGGGAAGAGCACUGCUAAAUACUCGAAUAUCGAAGCGACUAUCACCCUUCGGGCGGAGAGGGUUAAAAAAGGGGAGGAAAUUUACUACAACGUGACUGAUUUUUAUGUUAAUUUCGAUAUAGGCGACGCCAAAAUUCAUCUGGAUGAUCUCUUCAAUGGAGACAAAGAUUUAGGUGAAGCUAUGAAUGUGUUCUUAAACGAUAACUGGAGGCAAAUAGCGAGCGAAAUCAAGCCGGUUCUCGAAGAUAACAUAGCGAUGAUUUUCAAAAAAUUCGCCAACAAAAUAUUCCACAAAUAUCCCAGGAACGUACUCAUUCCUAAAUAA